ACCUUUACACGAUCCAGUCAGCACACGUUUGCGCUGGUGAGCUGGCUCUGGCAUUGCAGACUGCCUUCUACGACGAGCUCGACGGAAGACUGGCCUGGGGCCUCCUAUCUCUGUGUCUAGACGUGCAUAACGGGUCUUAUGCUUCAAGAUGGUCGAUGACAAGUACAUCGGACUUGCCCUCGCGGCAUCCAGUUCUCUGGCCAUCGGGACGAGUUUUAUCAUCACGAAAAAGGGGUUGAACAACGCGGGCGAUCAUGGACAUGGUGGCAAGUCGUCGGACGAUCUCUCGUAUUUACGGAAUCCAAUAUGGUGGGCGGGCAUGUUGACUUUGGUCCUCGGAGAAGUUGCGAAUUUUGCCGCAUAUGCGUUUGCGCCGCCAAUAUUGGUCACCCCUUUGGGUGCUUUGAGUGUACUUAUAGGGGCGGUCCUGGCAUCAUUCCUCCUGAAGGAAGAGUUAGGUCAUAUAGGCCGAAUCGGGUGUACGCUAUGUCUUCUAGGGUCAUCUAUUAUUGUCCUACACGCGCCGGAGGACAAGGAAGUUCAAACUGUAGAUGAAAUAUUACACUACGCCAUGCAACCAGGCUUUCUGAUGUACUGCUUUACCGUUGCUGUCUUCUCCCUCAUCAUGAUUUACGUGGUUGCGCCGAGAUACGGGAGGUCGAACCCGCUGGUCUACAUAUCCAUCUGCUCGCUGGUCGGCUCGGUCUCCGUCAUGGCCAUCAAGGGGUUCGGAGUUGCGGUGAAGCUUACGUUCGCGGGGCAUAAUCAAUUCACGCUUCCGAGUACAUACGUCUUCGGCAUCACUGUUGCUGGGUGUAUUUUAGUCCAGAUGAAUUACUUCAACAAGGCUCUGGACACCUUCUCCACUAAUGUUGUCAACCCCAUGUACUAUGUCGGCUUUUCCUCCGCCACUAUCGUGGCAUCUUUGAUCCUCUUCCAGGGUUUCAAUACGACCGACACCUCGAAUACUAUCUCGCUCCUCAUAGGCUUCAUCGUGACUUUCCUUGGGGUCCACUUACUAAACAUCUCGCGUAAACCCGAGCCCUUACCAGCCCUGCCAAGCCAUAGCGCCCUCGAAAGCGGCCUCAUGAACCCGCGUAUGUCGCUGCAGGGCCGCAUGUCCAUCGACGGCUGGAAUGGUGUCCCGUCGUACCAGCCAGAAGGCGUCCCGCUGUCCGCUGGGCACGGGCGGCGGGGCUCUGCGUACCGGAGCAACAACCAGACGCUGUUCAACGCGUUUGAGGGCGACGACGACGAGCUGGAGGGUGUCGGCUUGGAGAGGCUGGAUGAAGAGGACGGGUACGUGAGUGCGGAUGAACGGACUCAUUUGCGCUCGGAGGAGAGGGAGCGGGAGAGGAUGCGGAUGGGCUCCAGGAGUCACAGCCACUCACCA